GCACGUAAACAAUCGUUUACAUUCGGCCAAGAUCAUGAUGGGAUAUUACGUGCUUCAUGAAUGGACAUUUAUCAACAAAAAUAUUGUGUCUAUGUAUGAAUUUAUGGCUCCUGAGGAUCAAGAAACCUUUUAUUAUAAUGUUAAAGAAGUCAAUCAGUAUGAAUAUUGUAAAAAGUCACUUAUUGGAGCGAAGCGGUACAUUCUGAAUGAGAGUGUGGAUGAUAUACCCGGUGAUUUGAGAUACAUGAGAAGGAUGUACUAUUUGCACGUUAUAGUGCGGACACUUUUCUAUGGCCUGUUACUCUGGCUACUGUAUUCGAUGUCAGAGCCAGCACUGGAGAUGGUUGAAACUGCAAUGGAAUAUUUGACUUCUGUGUUUUAUGGAGCUCCUAUUAUUAGAGCACUCACUGACGGUGUUCCUGUUUCUUCUACUGUGUUGCCAGACGAUGUGGUUGAUGUGAAAAACAGCUGAAUACUCUGUUUCCAGUUUUGUUCGAAUAACUAACCUCAAUAUUACACUAGUAACUGUUUCCAAUAAAAAUUCGUCAUUCCAAAAUCUGUAUGAAGGAGAAACUUUUUUCACAAAAAGAAGAGUACACAUUUCAUAAGCACAUAAUGUUGAUAAAAAAUCGUAAUUGGUAUGGAACAAUGGAAUAUUCAAGUUAAAAACAUGGUUUAAUACUUUGAAGAUACCCUAAAACUCUGCCUGUCCUGUUACUUUAAUUCAAUCUACACUGGUUUCAAAAUUAUUGAAUUUCUGAACAUCAUGUUGUAUUUGUUUUCAUAAUAUAUCAGUAUUAACAACAUUAGGAAUGUGUAAACCAUUAGAUUUUUCUCCAAAUGGGAGAAUUUUGAAAAAAAAAAUACCGCUGAAAAUGAAGCCAAGUGGGGUAUGCAUGUCUGAUUUAAAUUACUAAACAAAUUAAUUUUGAAUAAAAUCAGUAACAUGUA